AUUACGUAUAUUGUUAUAAAAUAGGGAAAGGAAAAGAUUACUUGAAGUUAUAGUUUUAGUAUAAACAACACUCUGUAAUUAUCAAGGGGUUUGUUCUUUUUCGAAGAACUUCUGAACAGCAACUGCGCAGUUAGAGUGAGACAAAAUAUAUCUAUUUCACUCUAACUUAUUGCACUACUUCAUAACUGCGAAACAGAACUGACUUGACGAAAAACGAACUAAAAACGAACUCUAACAAUGUCAAGUAAGAAGCAAUCAAAUGAAAGUGCAAAAGUUAAAAAGAAGAUGAGUAAGGUUGAGAUGCAGCAAGCCAUAGUAAAAAAAAAACAGUGCGAUGCAAAGGCUCUUGCAAUAGUUGAACAGCUUUUAGAACCAAAUAUGGAUUCUGACUGGCUUCUGCAAAAUUUACAAUUUAUAAAUAAAGCACACUUGGAAGAUGUAAUAGAAGAAAGAGUUAUCAUAAAACUAUGUGGAUAUGUUCUUUGUUCAAAACCAUUAACUGUUGUUGUCAAACAACAAUAUCGUAUAUCAACACGUACAAAUAAGGUAUAUGAUAUCAGCAAACGCAAAAACUUUUGCAGUUCAUCAUGUUAUGGGGCAUCUAAUUAUCUGCUUGAACAAAUGCUUGAGAGCCCACUGUGGUUAAGAAGAAAAGAGGAUAUACCAGUUUUUAAAAUUUUACCUAUAAAUUCUGUGCAGUCUUUACCUGGAGAUGAAAUUAAUGUUGUUGGAAAUAAUUUCUUGCAAGAUACAAAUACUGACAAUAUUGGUAAGAGUAAAGAACUUCUAGAAUUGAAUACAAAUAAACAAACAAAAGAUCAUCCAUCACAAACUAUAUUAAAUUCAGAGAUAGAAAAUUGUUCUUCAAAUGAUACAAAUGUUGAAGGACAUACUCAAGUAGAAGAGAUUCCUGUAAAUAUUAAUGCACAAAAUCAGCAUGAAACAUACCCAUUAGAAUUAUGUACUAAUCAAGAAGAUAAAGAGUAUAAUCCUCAAGAAUGUACAAAUCCUGAAUAUGAAUAUAGCGAUCAUGUUCAGAAAGAAGAUGUAAAAUUAGAGAAUGUGGAAAAACACAUUGCUGUCCAAAUUAAUAACAAUUUACAAGAACAAAUACAAGAACAUAUUAAUAAAAACAUAGAAAAUGAAAAUACAAAUGUUAGAGUGAUAAACAAUAAUAGUGAUAGUGAAAUAUUAUAUCUGCAGCCGAAUGACAUAAGUAACACCGAAAGUAAAAACACUGAUAGUAAAAAAAUAUCCUCUCAAUUAGAUGAUGUAAUUGAUAGUAAUAAUGCUAAGGAUGACAAAACUGUACAGUUUCAAUUAGACAGAGCAUGUAGUAAACAAAAUAUAACAAUAUCUUCCAAAACUAGUAAUGAAGCUAAAAAUAAACCUAAAAAAAUAAAAAGCUCAAACAUAAAUAAAAAUAAACAUAGGCAAGAGGAAUUUGAUAAUGCUGAAGUACGAACUAACAUGUAUCAUAAUCUUGUAAUACAUGUUGAGCAAAGCUUCAGAGAAUGGGUUACAAAGAAUACACUUUGUCUUCUACUGGGUGAGCAGGAUGAGAAAUCUCAAUUAUUAGAAAAUUUGACACAGCGCGACAGGUAUGAGCAGUUAUGUAAGAAGUUAAAUAGGUUGCAAUUGCAAGAUGAAAAGGAAGAUCGUGCUGAAUUGGCAAAAAAUGCCCUAAAACCAUUGCCUCAUUUGUCUGUGCUUCAAGAAGAGGGCAAGAAAAUAGAGCUAAAGGUACGUGCGUUUUAUAAAGGACAAAUGGUAAUUAGUGAGAACAAUGGAAACAAAUUGAAAAAUCAAGAUGAGCUUGAGGAGUCUAUAUUACCCUUAACAGAUGCUUAUGCACCCAAUGCACUUCGGCGGCGAAUUUUCUUGGAUAAACUCAAUAAAGUAUUACCAGAUUUGCUGUGUGCUUUAACGCGAUUACCAGCCAAUACGAAUACUUCUGUAACACAACAUAUUUGUAUUAAUACAUACUCAUUAAUUAAAUUAUUGGUUAGCACUUUUCAUUUAACCGCUAAAAACAUCGUUUUUAAUACUGCUGAAUGGACACUGGUAGGACUUAUCAUCAUUAAAAUGUUGAGCCUAAUUGACAAACAAUUGCGAUCGGUGCUCGAGUCUAAACAAGCUUCCAUGUACAUGUCGAUGAUUCUUAUGUCUUAUAAAUUAAACUCAGGUUAUUUAGAUAGGCUCAUAGUAGAUGUAAUAAACAACGAAAAUAUACACGAAUCGUGUAAUAAAUAAAAUUUAUUGGGAUAAUGAUAUUUACAUAUAUAUUCUAUUUUGUUUUACAACAGAUUCAACUUUGUUAAUAUUUACUUUCCUCGUACAUUUUAAUAUAAAAUAUUUUGUUAAAAAUAGUUAUAAUACUGUUUACUAUUUAUAAUAUUAUAAUUAUGUAUCAGAUCUUUGAUACAUGUUUGUAUACGAGUGUAAGUCGAUAUAUAAGUCGCAAAACCGAAUAAAGAAAAAAAUGAGUA